UGUGUUUAGGUUUAGCCAACCUGAGGAGCUUCUCGCUGCGCUAGCUUCUCAUCGCUCUCUGUUGUUGUCAUUCUUCGAGGGAAAACAACACAUCUUUUCCUCAACAGCAGUACAAAGGAGAUAACAUUAAACGGUAUUGUGACGGAAAUCUACGUUUUAGGAAGCCUGUGGUUUCAGUAAAAACCGAUAUUGUCUAUAAAGAAUAGCUGAAGUGUUCGCCGAAAAUACAUCCCCCCAGCAGCAGGGUAAGAAUAGCCAUCCGGUUCCCACAUCACACCGCAUCCACUGCGGCAACCGAGCUCUCGGGCUAACGCAAACCUCUUUUCACUUUUUUGUUUUUACUUUGUGACUGUUUGGGGGAAAACAUCCGGUUAAAACGCAGCAGCUUCUUGUGGAACGAGCCAGUGUUAGUUUAAAGGACUGUUAACGCAUUAAAAUGGCUGCUGAGAUGGUAUUUGGGGGAGAAUGGCCAUAAAUCAGCACAGUAAAAUAAGUAACGAAUCCUCUACUAAAUUAUCCCGGGCUAACAAACUUUUUCCUUUUUCUUUUUUUGGCCUAUGAGAUUAUUUUAUGCAUUUUUGUUUGUAUUGCUUCUUUCAACAAAUCUGGUGAACGGAAUUCCUCCCGAUUCAGAUGUAUACAAGCAGCUUUAGCUCCUAUUUUAGAUCUUUUCUUACCCAGUCCUCUUGUAUGCCCACCGCUCCAAACAAAUAUGCAGGGCGACUGUGUCAUAGUUGAAGCGUCCUGAGAAGUCGAGGCUUUCUCCCAGAGAAGGCCCCGCUUGGUCGACCUGGAGGGGAGUAAAGCAGAAGAAUCAUGGAGCCUGGAGGAAAAAGGAACACUUUUCUAUUCGGUCCCAAGCUAUAUUUAAGGGGCGAUCAGAGGGGGAUCAACAGAUAUCUGGUGGUGUAUGUUUUGUUUUCCUUCGUGCUCUUAACGCACGCGUCUCCAGCGAGAUCCUGUGACAAGAGCUGCAACUCUGGGAAAUGCAUCAACGGCUCCUGCGUCUGCGAGCGAGGAUGGGUCGGAGAUCAGUGUCAGCACUGCCAGGGGAGGUUCAAAUUGACCGAACCCUCAGGAUACCUCACCGAUGGACCCUUCAACUACAAGUUCAAAACCAAGUGCACCUGGCUAAUUGAGGCCUAUCCUAACGCUGUUCUGCGGUUAAGGUUCAACCACUUUGCAACAGAAUGCAGCUGGGACCACAUGUACGUCUAUGACGGAGACUCUGUCUAUGCUUCUCUGGUUGCUGUUUUCAGCGGCCUGAUCGUACCAGAGAUCCGUGGUAAUGAGACGGUUCCUGAGGUUGAGACGACUUCAGGUUAUGCACUGCUACACUUUUUCAGCGACGCUGCCUAUAAUCUGACAGGAUUCAACAUAUUCUACUCGAUAAACUCUUGUCCCAAUAACUGUUCCGGCCAUGGAAAGUGCACCCCGGGGAACUCGGCUGCCAGCAGGGUGUACUGUGAAUGUGACAAAUACUGGAAGGGUGAGGCCUGUGACAUCCCCUACUGCAGGAACAACUGUGGAAGCCCCGACCACGGCUACUGUGACCUCACCGGAGAGAAGCUGUGUGUCUGCAAUGACAGCUGGCAAGGCCCAGAUUGCUCGCUGACUGUACCAUCGACCGAGUCCUUCUGGAUUCUGCCCAGCGUCAAGCCGUUUGGUACCUCCUUUGCCAGGGCUUCACAUAAAGCAGUGGUACAGGAGAAGGUCAUGUGGGUGGUGGGUGGAUACACGUUUAACUACACCUCAUUCCAGAUGAUUCUGAACUACAACCUUGAGAGUGGCGUUUGGAACACAGUACCCAUCAGUGGGGGCCCCGUGCCAAGAUACGGACACUCGCUUGCAGCCUACCAGGAUGAAAUCUACAUGUUUGGUGGGAAGCUUGAACCCAGCGGGGGCAACGUUACAGAUGAGCUGUGGGUGUUCAACGUACAGAGUCGGACGUGGCAACGCAGAAGCCCCGUUGUGGGCUCGUCGGCCCAAGCUCAGGUUUACGCUGUGGAGGGCCACACGGCCCACUGCGUCCAGCUGAACAGUGGCGAGACCAUCAUGCUGGUCAUCUUUGGUUACUCCCCCAUCUACAGCUACAUCAACAACGUUCAGGAGUACAAUCUGAGAUCCAAAGUGUGGUUGGUACCUGAGACUAAAGGGGCCAUUCCACAGGGAGGUUAUGGCCACAGCAGCACUUAUGACGGCUCCAGCAGCAGCAUCUAUGUCCAUGGAGGCUUUAAAGCUCUGCCAGCCGGCAAAUAUGGCCUUGUGGAUGACCUCUACCGCUACGACGUGAACACAAGGACAUGGUUCAUUCUAAGAGAAAGCGGCUUUCCACGGUACCUGCACUCCGCGGUGCUUCUCAGCGGCACUCUGCUUGUCUUUGGUGGAAACACGCAUAAUGACACGUCACUCAGCAACGGUGCCAAAUGCUUCUCUGCUGACUUCCUGGCAUAUGAUAUCGCUUGUGACGAGUGGACACUCCUGCCAAAACCAGACCUGCACAGGGACGUCAACCGCUUUGGCCACUCGGCUGUUGUUAGCAAUGGGUCUAUGUAUGUGUUCGGGGGCUUUUCCAGCGUCUUGCUGAAUGAUGUGCUCGUAUACCGACCUCCCAGCUGCCAGGCCUUCUUGGCAGAGGAGGGGUGUGUAAGGGCAGGGCCUGGGGUCCGCUGCAUCUGGAGCAGGGGCCGCUGUGUCCCCUGGGAACUAGGCGUGCUUAAUGGCAGCUCUCUUUCCGUACCUUACUGCUCCUCUAAAACAGUGGCGGCGGACGAGUGGUGCUAUAGGUUCUCAGACUGUGGCAGCUGCACAGCAAACACCAAAGGCUGCCAGUGGUGUGAUGACAAGAAAUGUAUCUCUGCCUCCAGCAACUGCACCUCUGGUGUGAAGAACUUCACCGAGUGCCCGGUGCGCACCGAGCAGGUGUGCAGCAAGCUCGCCAACUGCAAGAGCUGCUCCCUGAAUCUCAACUGUCAGUGGGAGCAGAAUCACUCACAGUGCCACUCGCUGCCUGCCCAGCAGUGCAGUGAAGGUUGGAGCCAGGUGGGCGACGCCUGUCUAAGGAUCAACUCCAGCCGGGAGAGCUAUGAUAAUGCCCAGCACUACUGCAAGAACCUCAAUGGGAACAUUGCUUCGCUCACCACCUCAAAGCAAGUGGAUUUUGUGCUUGAGGAGCUAAAAAAGCUUCAGCAGCAAGAACAGCGACUGUCUCCCUGGGUGGGCCUGAGGAAAAUCAAUGUGUCAUACUGGGGUUGGGAGGACAUGUCUCCCUUCACCAAUAGCAGCUUGCGCUGGCUGCCUGGAGAGCCCAGUGACUCUGGUUUUUGUGCCUACUUGGAGGAGCCUCAGGUCUCAGGACUUCGGGCCAAUCCUUGCACUGCAACUGCUCAUGGCCUCAUUUGUGAAAAAGCUACUGGGAACCCCAAUCAUAGCAGCCGUACGUCAUGCAAGAAGCCUUGCUCUCUGCACACAAACUGUGCCAACUGCACCAGCCAGGGCACGGAGUGCAUGUGGUGUGGCAGCACGCAGCGCUGUGUGGACUCAAAUGCAUAUGUCAUCUCAUUCCCCUAUGGCCAGUGUUUGGAGUGGCAGACUUCAGACUGUGUGGCUCAAAACUGUUCAGGACUGCGGACGUGCUCCCAGUGCUUGGAUCAGCCCGAGUGCGGCUGGUGUGGCGACCCCAGCAGCACAGGGAAGGGACUGUGCAUGGAAGGGUCUUACAGGGGGCCCAUGAAAAGAGCUGCAAAGCAGGGCCAGCAGGGCCAUUCCCAUGACAUGAGCCUUGAGCCUGGCAGUUGCCCCAAAGACAAAGGAUUUGAAUGGGCCUUCAUUAGCUGCCCUGCAUGCCAGUGUAACGGCCACAGCACGUGUGUGAACGGCAGUGUGUGCGAGCAGUGUCGCAACCUCACCACUGGUCCUAACUGUGAGACCUGCAUGCCGGGUUACCACGGAGACCCGACCAAUGGCGGCAAAUGUCAGG